UAUCAAUAGAGUAAAACAUUAAAGUAUCGUGACAGAUUCCGCCACGUCAAUGAAAAAACGAAAUGCGUGGCUUGUAUUACUCGUCCCCAGGCUUUUUCGUUCUUAUUUAUCAUCCAUCGGCUUCUCCCUCAACGAAGUCAACAACCAUGAGCUAUCGCUUCUUUAUCGGGCCACAGUGCCAUCAUCAACCGUCACUGCUCAAGCCCCGUAGAUGGAUAUUCAAGUAUUUUUAUGGGGCUUCCCAAGUAGCUGUUUCUCGCACCGGUAAAGGGUUUCCUUCGAUGAGUACAGGUUAUGACCUCGACGAGAACAGGACAUCCCGGCAAAAUAGGACAAGCUCUUCUACUUAUAGGAAACCUGGUGCAUUUUUGGGUUCACACAGAAUUUGUCUUGAUGGUAAUUUAGGGCGGCAACGAAUGCUUUUUUUAGGUUCCCGGGAAAAUGAUAAUUUUACUAGACUCGUGAGAAAGCAGUGUGCAAAUUACACCACAACUACUACUACAGAAGAAAGCGAAGAAGACGAAAUAGAAGACAUAUGCCCGCAUGAAACAAGUUUUUGCAGUAAAAUUAAGGUGGGAUCACAUCGAUUUCCUCCAGAAGCCAAUAGAUAUCAUCUAUACACCACCUUGACUUGCCCCUUUGCAGCACGCGUCCUGGUCGCCAUCAAGCUAAAAGGUCUGGAGUCUGUUAUUUCUUGCACAGUGAUGGACCCAGUGAAACAGCCAGGAGAUUCAACAUUUAGAUUCACGGACACUAAGCCAGGCUGCGAUCUAGAUUCCGUCAACAAUUGUAACUUCUUGAGUGAUAUCUAUGAGCUUGCACGGCCUGGGUUUAAGGGGAGAUGGACUGUUCCUGUAUUAUGGGACAAGAAGAGCAAGACUAUUGUGAACAAUGAAUCUGGUGAUUUGCUUAGAAUGGUAGGCUCAGAGUUUAACAUGUUUUGUCCAAGUGAAGCCAUGGAGAAACUAGACUUGUACCCAGAGGAUCUACAGCCGAUGAUUGAUGAUUUAAAUACAUGGAUACAAGAAGAUAUCAGUAUUGGUGUAUACAGAGCUGGCCUUGCACAUGACCAAGGGGGCUAUGAUAAAGCUGUAAACACUGUCUUCAAUGCCAUUGAAAUGAUAGAAACGAUUCUCUCUCGUUCUCGCUACCUGACUGGCGAGCUGCUGACUGAAGCCGAUAUUCGACUAUUCUCGUCUCUGAUACGAUUUGAUAUCGCCUACUACACAAUGUUCAUGUGUAACAAGAAGCGUCUUUCCGAUUUCCCCAACACCUGGCGACAUACCUUGGAUAUCUACAACAUGCCUGGCAUAGCGGACACAGUCAACCUCGACCACAUUAAAGCGGGAUAUUGGGAGGGCUUUCCCCAGGUUCAUCCGCGCCGUAUUGUACCAGUAGGACCAGAAGUAGACCUCGACAUCGUGUGAUGAGCUGCAAGUUUUCGCGUAUCGGAUAUGCUCGUUUUAGCGCCCGGGGCGAGGGAGGGGUGCUUAUUCGAAAAGGGACACUCCCAUGGUAUUGACGCCAACAUGAAAAUUUUUACUGCCUUUUGAACUUAUAUUCCAUCUUUCUGAAAAUGAAAUUGUAUUUUAUCGUGGUCUCCUUAAUUUCGUCUGUACAUAUUUUUAACUUCGAUAAAUAAAAUUGUAUUUUUAUCGUA